GAGGGGGGGUUUGCGGCGUCCCCUUUAAGAGCGUGUUUUCUCCCCCUCCGGCAUAAUUAAUGACGUUGAGCUGUAAACACGACUGACGCUCAGCUGCGUGGCCGAAGCAUCUCAGACCCAAGAAUACCUCCAAGCUUUCUGUCUUUAUUUUGACAGGACCAUUAACGAAAAAACAAGCUGCGGUUCACUUCGACUCGCAUAUGCAAUCUCCAAAACCAAGACGGUGCUGCCUCUCCCCUGUGAAGUGCAAUGGCUAGAAAAUCGGACAUUCCCUCCUCUUACUAUGGUGAGCCACGCAAUUUUGACCCAACCUUCAGAGGACCUGUUCAUAACAGGAGCUGCACUGAUGUGGUGUGCUGUGUUAUCUUCGUCAUUGUCAUCCUUGGCUACAUCGCUCUGGGUACUGUGGCCUGGAUCCAUGGCGACCCCAGGAAGGUGGUCUAUCCCACCGACAGCCAUGGCCAGUUCUGUGGCCAGCAGGGGACCCCCAAUGCAAACAAAGCCAUAUUAUUCUACUUCAACAUAUUGCAAUGUGCCAAUCCUGCAGUUUUAAUUAACCUCCAGUGCCCUACAACCCAGCUCUGUGUCUCCAAGUGCCCCGACAGAUUUGCCACAUACCUGGACAUGCAGUACAACUACAGGUACAACAAAAGCUACUGGGAAUAUUACAAGCAAUUCUGCAAACCGGGCUUCGACAAUCCCAAAAAGCCAGUUGCACAAGUCUUACGUGAUGAAGACUGCCCAUCCAUGAUUGUGCCAAGCAGACCUUUCCUCCAACGGUGCUUCCCUGAUUUCAUAACAAGGAACGGGACUUUAACUGUAGCCAAUCAGACCAACUUCAAAGAUGGUGUAGGUAAAACCAGGAGUGUCAUCGAUCUCAGAGAUGCAGCCAACCAGGUAACCGCCAUGCAGCAAGGAGUGGAAAGUGGUAUCACCAGUCUGCUGGAUGCCAAGGAAGUUGGCAUGAAGAUCUUUGAAGAUUAUGCCAGUUCCUGGUACUGGAUCCUGAUUGGCCUGGUGAUAACCAUGGUGGUCAGUCUGCUCUUUAUCCUGCUGCUCCGCUUCACCGCUGGCGUGCUGCUGUGGCUCAUUAUCUUCGGUGUCAUCACUGCAGUGGGCUACGGUAUCUGGCACUGCUACUGGGAGUUCAGCACACUGAGGGGGAAGCCAGAUGCUGAUGUCACCAUCUCCGAUAUCGGUUUCCAGACAGACUUCAGGGUUUACCUCCAGCUCAGCCAGACCUGGCUGGUCUUCAUGAUUUCGCUGUCUGUAAUUGAGGCCAUCAUUGUGAUUAUGCUGAUAUUCCUGAGGAGGAGGGUGCGCAUCGCUAUUGCUUUACUGAAGGAGGGAAGCAAGGCCAUCGGCUACAUCAUGUCCACUCUCUUCUACCCGAUCAUAACCUUCUUCCUCCUGGCCAUCUGCAUAGCCUACUGGGCUGUCACAGCAGUCUUCUUGGCAUCAUCUGGUGAAGCCGUCUACAAGGUCAUGUCUACACAGCCAAACUGCAUGUAUGCCAACUUCACAUGCAAUCCAGAGACCUUCAGCCAGACCAACGUCACCAAAGUGUGCCCCGGUUCUCAGUGCACAUUCGCCUUCUACGGCGGGGAAAGUCUGUACCACCGCUACAUUUUUGUCCUCCAAUUGUGCAACCUGCUCGUGUUCCUGUGGCUGGUCAACUUCACUAUUGCCCUGGGCCAGUGCACCCUUGCCGGGGCCUUCGCCUCCUACUACUGGGCCCUGAAGAAGCCCAACGACAUCCCAGCCUGCCCCCUCUUCUCCUCAUUUAGCAGAGCCAUACGGUAUCACACAGGUUCCCUGGCCUUUGGUUCCCUAAUCCUCGCUGUGGUGCAGAUGUUCCGAAUCGUUCUCGAGUACCUGGACCACAAACUCAAAGGUGCUCACAAUGCAUUUGCUCGAUUCCUGCUCUGUUGCCUCAAAUGCUGCUUCUGGUGCCUGGAGCAUUUCAUCAAGUUCAUGAACAGGAAUGCCUACAUCAUGAUAGCAAUAUAUGGGAAGAACUUCUGCACCUCAGCAAAGGACGCUUUCUUUCUCUUGAUGAGAAAUGUUGUUAGGGUGGCUGUCCUAGACAAGGUGACAGACUUUCUGCUCUUCUUGGGAAAACUGCUUAUUUCAGGGAGUGUCGGUGUUCUUGCAUUUUUCUUCUUCACACGUAAGAUACCCGUUAUUCAAGAGGAGGUGCCAUCCCUGAAUUACUACUGGGUUCCCCUUCUGACGGUGAUAUUUGGAUCCUACCUGGUGGCACAUGGUUUUUUUAACGUCUAUGCCAUGUGUGUGGACACGUUGUUCCUUUGCUUCUUGGUGGAUCUGGAGACAAACACCGGCUCAGCUGCCAGGCCCUACUACAUGAGCAGCACCUUGAGGAGCAUUCUCAACAAGAAGAACAGCAAGAGGAAGAGGAGGAGGUAGAGACGUGAAGACAGCUGAGGGAGGAGACGGACAGAGGAGAAUUUGCCAAAGUGUGGUACGAGCCUGUGCAGCUGUAAGCACUUGCCAAAUAUAACAAGCCUUAAUAUUUCUAAUAAUAGCCAUACAGCAUAUUGGUGGCCAAAUUGUAUAUUAAAAUCUGUAAGGACUUUCUUGGCUCACCCACACGUUCACAGUUUCUUAAUGUUAAAUUAGCCUGAUUGAAAGCAUACUAUACAUUCCUUAAUGUAACAUAUUAAUCUUUUGUUUAGGAUAUUAUAUCAAUACCACAACAAAAUUGUUAUUCCCUUCAGGGUUAUUACAGAAAUAUUAUACAAGGGGAAGAAAAACUAUCCAAAAAUACAGUAAGAUUUACUAUUAACCCACUGUUCACUACAUACAGAAACACUAUCCUGUAAACCCCUAUUGGUUUAUUAUAAGUUCAUCAUGUAAUUAUAGUAAACCAGCAGACUUUUUUUGUACUGACUCUCUUGUAGUUGCCAGACUGUGCCACUUGGUGGUGCCAGUCAUCAUGUACUGUUGUCAAGACAUGAAUGCACUGCAGAGUGAAUGAGUUUUUCCAUGAAAUGGUUAAACAGUUGUUCAUGUGUAUAUUGUGCGAUUACCGCUCUUGACCUCACAUUGUCUCACAUUGAGAAACCUAUUUGCCACAGUGUCCACUGUUAUAACUUCACAUUUACCUGCUGAAGGCUUAACAGCACUGCAAUUAAAGUGCUUUACUCUGCAAUGCCUGUAGGUUAGAAAUGCCACAUUGGCUGUCUAGUUGCAUCUUUCAAAGUCAGUUUACACUUUAAGAUGUUAUUUUGAAUUGAUUUUGGAACUCGUAAAGAGAUAAAGGGAUAAAGGGAUAAUCAGUGGUCAGUGAUGGAGGUCAGUCCUUAAAUGUUCAUUGUGUAUUCCAAAUGUAAAGCAGAGAGGUAAUUUCCUUUUCGGGAGUCCCAAGAGUCUUUUGAUUAGUGGGAAUGUCCUGUAGCAGGAAGGUCACAGCAGUCAGUGUCUUCAGCCGCGUGUCCUGAAUCAGGACACUGAACCCCAAACCUGCCUCAGUGCUGCUGCUGCCUUGCUCUGAACACUCUGCUGAAACAUGUACAGUGUGUUUUACUCAGGGGUCAAUGCAAAGAACCCAGGUCCAAAUUACACCGUGUGUCCCAAGAGUUCAACUUGUAUUGACUGCAAAGCAUAUGGCCAGAAUUAAAGGGAUACUGUCAAUCGGCUGGUCCCUCUUCACAUUGCUUGGUUUGGUAGGACUUAUCAACCAAAACUAUUUCGCUGAUCAGUCAAAUUCAGUGAUUUUUUAAAUAGUCUGUAUUGGAUUAGUUGUUUACUAUGUAAACACAACUGCAGUAUCAGAACAAUUUUAACAGAUAUGUAGCUAAAGGUCCGUUUCCAUCCUUGUAUUAGCAGUGAGCAAAUCAUGCGGGAGAAGCAAGUCUCUAAGUUGGACUGUUAAAUUUGAUGCUCAGUUAAUUGCUGAAAUGUGCUGACUUAUCAAGCUAGAUUUUUUUUUCCCCUGAGGUUUUCCUGAUACAGAGACAGCAUUCAGGAAACACUUGGAGAGUUUUGUUCCAUAAUGAGAUACACACCAUUUGGAGGGUGGAAAAAAUAACACCUAUCCUGCUAAAUGAUUUAUAGCCCAAAAACCACAAUAAAUGAUGGUACUUCUUAAAUGGAUAAUUGGCAACUUAAAUCUAAAUCAAAAUGCCAACAGGUUUAUAGUCAGGAUCCUUAUGAUUUUAGAGAGACAGAACUUCAUGUCAUUUUUUUCCUCUCCAGAAUCGGUGUGUAACAUUUGGAAUGAGCUCUUCACAAGCUCACUGUAUCUACUGGUCAAAGACAAAAGACUCAUGUUUGGCUCCCUUGUGCCAGCGAAGUCUUUGUCCCAUGUUAGUCAAACCUGACAAAGUACACGCUGGGUGCCAGGCUAGCUCAGAGUGACAUCACUGCUGGGUUUACACACCAUCUGCCCCCAAUUACAGCCGGACACGCUCAAACAUGCUCCGGCUGGUACACCUUCACCGCUCAAUAAAAGCAAAGCUACUUCGCAUGUUGUGUGCAGAAAUUUGAAAAGAGACAAAUGAUGCAUGCACUGCAAUGACAUAAUGCAUGUAACAUGUUUUUAUUCCUGUUUUAGCUAAACAUUUCUUAGGACUCCCAUUUCGACAUGUAGAGUUUUGUAACUUUGUAUGCAUGCAGUUCAGCUUAGAAUUAUUUUCAUUCCCAUGAGGCUGAAUACCUAAGAUCUGAUAAGUGAAGUAAAAACAGUGUUUUUAUAUGCCUCCCCUCCCUCCCAUGUCUGGAAAAUAGAUUCUUUUGGUCAACCACAGUCAGCAAGUAGACACAAGUAAAACCUCUCGCUUGGGUUAGAAUAUGCGUCUGUUUCCUUACCACAACUGCUUAAAAGUCAAACACUAAGAUGCAAUGCACUGAUCUGUUGGCAGACACAAAAAGGGCUGAUACUCUAAACAGUCUUCGGUGUAGUGUGUUGUUCCUUCUCAAGGCGGAUUCCUUUGUGCACAAAACCGUUCUCGGUGAUAACUGUGAAUGGUUUUUCCAUGUUUACUCACACAGCACAAGCUACAUGUAUUUCAUAACAUUGAGGAUGUGUUGUCUGUGCUGUGAUUCAAAUAUGAAUCUUUUUGUCGAACUUGUUUUUCUUAAUAAAUGGUUGUAUUUCUA